AGUAAGGACCAUCAUCUAUGGGACUGAUGUAUAAGUAUCGCCCUCGGUUCGAGUCGUGGUUUUGCUGUUGAGAAGUUGAUUCAUUAUUACUAUUGUCCACCAGCUGGGCACCUUACUACGCAGUGCUCUUUUGAAAGCGGAACCGCUUUGACUCGACAUGGGCAGUACACAAGACCUUCCUCUGCGGCCAAAGGAGGCAGGCCCAGAUGAAAAUGGCCCCGUCAAGUUCGGCCACGAGCUUCGAGACAGGGAGUUCCUCUUCGACCCGGCCUACCGCAACCUCAACCACGGCUCAUUCGGCACCAUCCCACAAGCCAUCCGCACCCGCCUCCGGACCUACCAAGACCGGGCCGAAGCGCGCCCGGACCCGUUCAUCCGGUACGAGUACCCCAAGCUGCUGGACCUCUCGCGCGCCGCCGUCGCCCAGCUCCUGCGCGUGCCCACCGACACGUGCGUGUUCGUGCCCAACGCCACUUCGGGCGUCAACACGGUGCUGCGCAACCUCGUGUGGCACCCGGACGGCCGAGACGAGAUCCUUUAUUUCGACACCAUCUACGGCGGCUGUGCGCGGACGAUUGACUACGUCGUGGAAGAUCGCGGUGGGUUGGUGCAGGGCAGGGUGAUCCCGCUGUCCUACCCCUGCGAGGAUGAUGUUAUUGUGGAAGCAUUCCACGCUGCCGUGACGGAGGCCGUCGAAAAGGAAGGGAAACGGCCCCGCGUGUGCCUCUUCGACGUCGUUUCCUCCAAUCCGGGCGUGCGCUUCCCCUUCGAGGCCAUCACGGCGGCCUGUCGGGAGCGGGGGAUCCUCAGCCUCGUCGACGGCGCGCAGGGCGUGGGGAUGGUCGACCUCGACCUCGGCGCCGUCGAUCCGGAUUUCUUUGUCUCCAAUUGCCACAAGUGGCUGCACGUUCCUAGGGGGUGUGCGGUUUUCUACGUGCCGCUGCGCAACCAGGCCUUGAUCAGGUCCAGUCUGCCGACUAGCCAUGGUUUCGUUCCCAAGGAUAGUAGUAGUACUGGGUCUGAGGAGAAGAAGAUGAAGGUGAGACCCAACCCGCUGCCGCCGUCGACCAAGUCCGCGUUUGUCAACCAGUUCGAGUUCGUCGGCACGGUCGACAACGCGCCGUACCUGUGCGUGGUGGACAGCAUCAGGUGGCGCGCCGAGGUGCUGGGCGGGGAGGAGCGGAUCCGGGGUGAGCUGACCGAGCUGGCGAGGCAGGGCGGGGCGAAGGUAGCGCAGAUGCUGGGCACCGAGGUGCUGGAUAAUGCGAGCCGGAGCUUGACGCGGUGUUCGAUGGUGAAUGUGGCGCUGCCGUUGGUGGUGGAGCAGCAGCAGCAGCCGGAGGGAGAUGAGGAGGAAAAGGGGAAGGGGGAAGUGCCGAAGGAGGGCGUGGUGGCGGUUAUACCGGGGAGUGAUGCCGCGGCUGUGACGAACUGGAUCCUCGAGAGGCUGAUGGAGGACUACAAGACGUUUGUCGCGCUGUUUGUGUACCGCGGCCGCUGGUGGGCGCGGCUCAGCGCGCAGGUGUAUCUGGAGAUGGACGACUUUGAGUGGGCCGGGCGCACACUCAAGGAGGUGUGCGAGCGGGUGGCCAGGGGGAGUACAAGAAGUGAGGUUGUGUCUGGCUUGUUUAUACUUUUCGAAUAUCUCAUAUUCUCAAUCAUAUCAACGUCACUCCAAUCUCGCAUACCUCUCUCACGUUUCACCACCCACCACCUACCACCUCCGUACUACACCUGAAAACUCCCACUCAACCUAACAUCCCUCGAACUCGCGCCGACCCCAACCCCAAAAGCUCCCCCGGGCACAACCCACUGCUGCCUCCCAGAAUCCCAGUAACUGAGAUC